ACUACCGUGACACCCGCCAUGUCAGCAUCCGCGUCUGUGCUCUCUCUCUCCUUUCUAUUCCUCAUCUCUUUUGGGCCGGUCGGCCUCUCCCAUGCCGCUUCCAAAUGCUCCGUGCCGACGCCGCCGAUCAACAUCCCCAUAUUCCCUACCGACAUCGACCUGCUGCAGUUCGCGCUUAACCUGGAACACAUGGAGGCCGACUGGUUCUUGUACGGCGCGCUCGGCUACGGUCUCGACGCCGUCGCUCCUGAGCUCGUCAUGGGCGGACCUCCGCCCAUCGGCGCCACCAAGGCUAAUCUUGAUAACCUUCUUGCAGGACUGUUGGCAGUUGAAUCUGGGCAAGAUGCAGUUAUAAGAACCCUACUGUACGAGCGAGCGAAUGAGGUCGUCCAACCUUACAAGAACCUAACAGUGGCAGAGUUCACCACGAAGGUGUCAGAGCUAAGGAACAAGCUGGCUUCUUGUGGUGUCAAAGACGAAGGCCUUCUCGUCCCCGUCGGCUGGGGAGCCGAGAACAAGACCAACAGCAACGUACUCUCGGCCAACGUCAACUCGGUCGCUUACAAGAGGACGCCGGCGGAGAUCCUUCGGAUCGUUUAUGGCACCGGCGAUGAAGGAACGCCCGGAGGCUUCUUGCCGAAUGGUGGCGAUGGUGCCAUUGCCAAAGGGCUUCUUAAAUUUGCUUAGAAUCUAUGUAUGUAACAUUGGGGAUGCCAUUUUUAAUUGAGAAUAAAAAUUGAGGCU